AUGGGUAUUCCAAUGUGGCGUGAGCCUUGCGAGGCGGACGCGCUCAAGACAGCAGUGGAAAAAGAUGUGACGGCUGCCGGAAGAUCAUCGAUUCGACGCUCGAAUACAAAUCGUCCAUACACUUUGGGCCGCGCCCUCCGGUUGGCGUCCAGCUUCCGUACGCAGAUAAUGGAAGGAAUCCAGCGCGGCGCGAAUGAGCCCCAAGCCGCCGUCCGCUCGCCAGUGUUGAACUUGGGGGUCAGCGAAGAUGGUAUGGACCUGGAAACCAGUCGUCGUGAUGCCCUGGCCUCUCCUACCUCCCCUUCUGAAUCGCAGAUUCUCAACGAGCAGGCCAGCCGACGCUCUCGAGAUGCUCGUGAAGUAACCGACUUUCUAGCUGCCCGAGCCGAGGCUUACUCGCGGCACCCAUCGCGAGUCCAGCUAACCCCAGGUUUUGCGCCUGCAAUGUCGCAUCGCGUGUCGUCCUCGCCCCAUUCCUCAUCGUCCCGCCUUCCGCCCCCAGGCACCGCCGUCCCCUCCGUGCGCCCCAGUGGUCAUCGCAGCCGUCUUGAGGACUCAACCACACCCAUUGCUCCCUCGCCGAGGAACCAUCGCCCUCAUGUUCGAGGCUUGUCGUCAGGCAUUGGUCCUCGCGAUCCCCCGGUCGAUGGUCUCGGAGACCGGCAGCGAAGUCCAAGCGCCGACGGCACCGGCGAAACCGACCCCUGGGAUGAUUUUCUGACCACGGUCGCGCCAGGUGCUGUUGAUGGUCCCUCGUUGCACAUGGCUUCUUCAUCUUCGGCAAGGCCAACACACUAUCCGCCACAUCGCCGCGCCCAGGGGCUCAAUGACGAUUUUAGCGAUCAGAUUGGAUGUGAACCUUCCUCGUCCUCCUCUGAUGAUGAAGAUGACUAUCGUCCCAAUCCCAAUCGCCCUUACCAUCGUCGCACUUAUGGUCCGUACCAUGGAGAACGACCGGCCCACCGGAAUGCACGUCUGCACGCUGCGGCCCUGCAGCAUGCAACCAUCAGCAAUCACCCGCCCGUCCCGAACAUUACAUCCUCUAUUCCUGAUUCUGAAUCUCCUGAUUUACAACAAAUGCGAGCGAUCUUAGAUCGAUUGGCUCGUCGCGAGGAUAUUCCCGACGAUUGGUGGGCUGCAGCUGGUCUCUCGCGGAUCUUAGGUCGCGAUCUCGACGGUACCACUGACCACACUGACAACGCGGGACCAUCCUCGGAAUCUCGAUAA